AUGCGUAUGUUUUAUAAAGGACUAACCCCCUCUAGCCAUAAUAUUGUCACUAAUUUUGCAGGUGGUUCUUAUAAGACUAAGACUCCAGAAGAAACAUAUGAACUCUUUGAGGAGAUAGCAAUGGAGACCCAACACACCGAUACAAGAGGUAAACGUAUUGCUGGUGGUUCUAAUGAUUCUUCCAGUGUGCAGAUUUCCAAAUUGGAACAAAAGCUUGAUGCCCUCCUUGCAUUGAACUCAAGAAACCCUUCAAAGGAAGUGUGUAGCAUCUGUGAAACUCAUGAUCAUCCUACCAUUUCUUGUCCCCUUGGGGCUGCAUAUCCAGAAUUUGUGCAAGAGCAAGCUAAGUUGGUGAAUUCCUACAACCGAGGUCCAAUAAAUGAUCCAUAUUCUCAAAGUUAUAAUCCAGGUUGGAGGAAUCAUCCAAACUUUUCAUGGAGGAAUACACAGAAUCAAGCGAAUCCCCCUUCAAAGGCCACAACAAUCAUCAUCGUUGGAGGAUAUAGUGAAGCAAAUGGCAAUCAACCAAUCCCAUUUCCAGCAAACUACACAAGCUGCCAUCUCCAAGUUGGAAGUCCAAUUAGGCCAGAUAGCUACUGA